UGUGAUGUGUGUGUGUGUGUGGUGUGUGUGUGUGUGUGUGUGUGUGUGUGUGUGGGUAUAAAGGCGAGAGGAUAGGUGUGGGUGUCAUUAUUAACAAGAAUGGCUCCUCAUCUGCUGAUAUCUGCCCUCCUCCUGCUGGUGUGUACAGGGGCGUACGGUGACUCCCGAUGCCAAGCAACCCAUACAUGUACAAACGCAGGCUACUUCCCCAGAUGCCCCGACUUCUGUGACACCCAGUACUUCAGCUGUGACGCGACGGGCAACGCUGGCGUGCUGUCCACCUGUCCCUUCGGUCUGGUCUUCGAUCCUGACCCCACCUCACAUAAAUGUGUGCUCUUUCAAAACUGCACCCUGCUGUCUACUCCCUGUGCCCCCAACCCACCAGCAUGCAGUGGUGUCUUUGAAAUAAUGCCGGCUUGUCCAAAUUGCUAUAGUUUAUUUUAUAUGUGUGAUCCAAACCAGCCCACGGGAACUCAAGUGGCGUGUGGCACUGGCCUGAUGUUCAAUCCCAUCCCCUCCCAUCCCGGUUGCAUCCCAGAGAGCGACUGCCCCUGCACUGACCCCUCCUGCUAAGUGGGCGUCAGCAGACCACCGCGCUGCCUCCAGGCGCUGCCCUCCACGCCAGGCCGAGGCCACCACUGUGACGGACUGAAAGGGAGAGGGAAGAUGUUACUAGAAUUUGCUAAUGCUGACUGAAUGUGUGUAGGUGUGUACGUAUGUAUGUAUGUAUGUAUGUAGGUAGGUAGGUAUGCAGGUAUGUACUAAUUAGUAUGCUGUCCUGUUAUAUAAGACACAAGGAAAGGUUCACUCAUAAGCAAAGCCCACAUAAAAUACAUAAAUAAAUAAUUCUAAAAAUACAUAAAAGAGAACAUUAAAAAAAUAAGAUAAUAAAUUCGUAUUAAUUGUGCGAGAGAGAGAGAGAGAGAGAGAGAGAGAGAGAGAGAGAGAGAGAGAGAGAGAGAGAGAGAGAGAGAGAGAGACUACACUGUCAGUACCAAGAACACCCUUGAUAAGCUGACACAUCUCCGUGGCCUCUGAAGGCAGCUGCAUUGAGAGAACAGCGUUUCAAAGUACAGAUUCUAGAUGAGUGUCUCGUCAAAUAUAAUAAGAUAAGGUGCUUUCAGGGGUGUUUCGAUGAUUACAGCCAUAGUUUAACAUACACUUUACAUUUAUGUGGCAUCUAAAAACAAUCCUGGUGAAAGAGAACAAAGUUAUUCAGAUAGCAGAUCAUGCCUUUCUGUCCCUCCUUCGUUUGUCAUUCUCAAACAACUGCCUGUGACGUAACCCAAGUGAGGAGGAGGAGGAGGAGGAGGAGGAGGAGGAGGAGGAGAGAAGAACAUAUGUUAAUUUUCACUGGCUUAGAUGUGUGUGUGUGUGUGUGUGUGUGUGUGUGUGUGUAUAAAGGCGAGAGGACAGGUGUGGGUGUCAUUAGUAACAAGAAUGGCUCCUCAGCUACUGUUACCUGCCCUCCUCCUGCUGGUGUGUACAGGGACGCACGGCUAUCUGUGCCUGGACUCGCUCAGUUGUCCAGACGUAGGCUACUAUGCAAAAUGCUUCGACUUCUGCGACACCCAGUACUUCAGGUGUAACGCGGAGGGCCAGGCUGGCGUGCUGUCCACCUGCCCCUUUGGUCUGGUUUUUGAUUAUGACCCUGCUGGCGUCUCGUCUAAGUGUGUGUUGUUUGAGGACUGCUCCCACAUGUCAAAUGGCUGUGACGCCAAUCCACCCCAGUGCAAGGGCGUCUUUGAAAUGCUGCCGGCUUGUCGAAACUGCAGUGAUACUUUUUAUUUCUGUGACCCAAACCAAGCCACGGGAGUUCAUGCGGUGUGUAGCCACGGCAUGAUGUUCAAUCCUGUUCCCUCCCAUCCCGGCUGCAUCCCAGAGAGCGACUGUCCCUGUACUGACCCCUCCUGCUGAGUGGGCGUCAGCAGGCCACCGCGCUGCCUUCGCGUGCUGCCCUCCACGCCAGGCCGAGACUCUCCACCACUGUGACGGACUGAAAGGGAGAGGGAAGAUGUUACUGGAGUUUACUAGUGUUGAUUGAAUGUGUGUGUGUGUGUGUACGUAUGUAUGUAUGUAGGUAGGUAUGUACUAAUUACUAUAUAAACAAAGGGUAUCCUUUUACUCUUGCACCAGUCUCAA